AUGGCGUCAGAAGGCAAGGACAACAGCACUGAGGUUGUAAUUUCCUGUAAAACUUACUUUUCCUGUGUUUUAUUGCGAAUAUUCCCCUACUUGGUAUGUGUUGUCAUAAUAUGUGGAAACCUCCUCAUAAUCAUCUCUGUCAUUUACUUCAGACAGCUUCACACUCCGACUAACUAUCUCAUUCUCUCUCUGGCUGUGUCUGACUUACUUGUUGGUGUUUUAAUUAUUCCUCUCAGCAGGGAAUUCACUUUUCAUUACUGUCUGAUUCAUGGAGGUUUGAGUUGCACAGUGCGAAAAUGCAUUGAUGUAACACUGGCCACAGCUUCUAUUCUGAAUUUAAUGUGUAUUUCUAUAGAUAGAUAUCAUGCAGUGUGUAAACCUCUGACUUAUAAAACUACAAUCACUGUUCAUGUUGCUGUGGUCAUGAUUUUGCUGAGCUGGGGUUUUUCACUUUUACUUUCCAUUGGUUUUGUGGUUGCAGAAUUAAACUACGCAAAAUGUGGAGAAAAGUGUUUUCGUGAUGUUUUUAUUGUGAAUGUUUGUGGACCCAUUUUUACCUUUUACCUUCCUGCGAUCGUAAUGCUAUGCAUCUAUGGAAGGAUUUUCCUUGUAGCACAGAAACAAGCACGCAGCAUCCAAAACACAACCUAUCGUAGCAGGACGCCAGGAGCAACUAUCAGUAAAAUGGAGCGAAAGGCCACCAAAACUCUGGCGAUAGUUAUGAGUACCUUCCUCAUCUGUUGUAGUCCUUUUUUUAUAUUUUUGAUGAUUUUUUUUAUAAACAAGGUGUCAGUGUCAUUUGCAGUAAUGGAUGUUCUGUCCUGGAUGGGAAUGUCAAAUUCAAUGCUCAACCCAUUCAUUUAUGCUUUCUUUUACAGCUGGUACAGGUCUGCCUUUAAAAUACUUACAUCUGGGAAAAUAUUUCAAGGUUAUUUUUCAAACACCAGGCUUUCAUGA